AUGGACUGGCACUGGACCGACUCGGGCAAGUUUGGCAAAGAGCCUUGGCUGCGCUGGCCGGCUUUCCGCUCCGCGCUCUUGCAGCUCCGGGUGGUCAGCCAGGCAAGUCACUUGUACAAGUGGCUCGGAGAAGCGGAUCUUGCCGAUGCCUGCUGCCAGUGUGGCCUGCAGCUGAUAUCGCAGAGGCUUUGUGGAGACCAUCGUUGGAAGCUGCGGUUCCUAUGCAUGCGAGCAAGGUCUGCCAUGGCUCAAUCGGCUCGUGUGCCCGACAUGGCCGGCUUGAAGGAUGCAAAAGCGCCGGAACUGGAGAGGCUGCUCGCAGAGAUCGACGCGCUCUGGAACGGGAAGAUGCAGGCGUCUGCAAAGAUGGGCAAAGAGGCUGCAGUGCCCUGGGAAUGCCUGGAGUUGUGGGCCGAGGCUGGAACCAUGGCUGUCCCUUGUUGGCGGGGCUUUCCGGAACUCGGUCGCUCUUGGAAGCUUCGUCUAACGGCGCUUGCGGCACAGCGUCGAAGAUGUCCACAAGCUUGGGCAGCGCACAUUGAUGGGCUGCUUUCUUGGAUGCGGGCAAUGCCUGACAAGCCACUGCCUCACUUGGGCCAGAUGCUGCUGACGGUGGCGCAAGUCUUCUUCGAUGAAGCAAUUGAGGGCGGGCACAACUCGAUUGAUGCCGCCACUUGCGAUGAACUGCUGGCUGUGCUGUCGUCUUGCCAGCGGGAUCUCAUUCGCAGCGAGAGCUGCCCGUUGCUGGAACCCCACCAAGAAGAGGCUGUUGUCUUGGCUGCCAAGGAUGGCUCGUCCUCGUCGGCCAAGCUCGUGGCAGUCUUCUACCUGGUCACCGGAGCCUUUCGAGAUGCUCUCCUGGCGGGUGACAGCAUGACUCUGCGGUCUUCGGCGCAGCUCCUCCUGCGGGCGGCAGAAGUGUCGAAGAGCAAGGCAGCUGCUCUCCAAAAAGAUGAGAAGGUGACAAGCACGGACAGCUGCCAGAGCCGCUCACGCAGCCCUCGGCGUAACAUGCCCGAUGGUAUCUUGAGCUCUUCUUGGACUCGAGAAUACUGGUCCCUGUGCAAGCAGGUCGUUCCGCUGUGCUCGGCCGUGUCUCUCCUCUUCCUCACGGAGCUUCGCUCCAUGCAGCGGGUCGUGGAAUCGCUCGGCGAUGCCAGAAUGGCGCAGUACUUCUUCAGCGAGCCGCACAAGGAGCUGCAGCCCUCCGUUGAGGUAGCCAAGCUCUCGUCCGGAGAGUGGCUGAAGGAGGUGAGGGGCGACCUCUCCCUUGCCUGGCUGCAGGUGGACUGGCAGGGCCCCCUGUUGCGGAUCACACGUUCGCUGGACAGUGGUCUCGGGCCGGCCAGUCACUCGCAGCUCGUGUCCCAGCAGGUUCUUGUUCCGCACGGUCUGCUCCCGUGCCUGCAGGAGGAGCUCCGCAGCCUCCAUGCGCUCAACGGCCAAAAGAUCCGCGAGCUUUGGCAGAGGGACGACAAGGGCUCCGAGGCUGUUCGGCGCGAGUUCUGGAACAGCCGCAAACGCUUCGACGCCGAGCUAGGGCGGAUCGCAGAGAAAGUGGAGCAGGCACACCGAAGCCCAAGCGAACCCUCAACCCUGCACCCCGUAAUCCCACAACCCCAAAGCUGUGAAACUUAG